AUGGCCAAAGAUAUACCACUCUGGCGAGGCUUCAAUGUCGUUGAUCUGUUCUCAACCAGCGUCAGGUGGAAGGAGCAUUUUCCUAUGAACGAUGGAGUCGUUGCUGAAAAAGAUUUCGCCAUGAUUCGGGAGCUUGGUUUCAACUUCGUACGGAUUCCGAUGUCGUACUUGUUUUUCGGCAAAGGCAUGUUUGGCCGCACCCCGGACGAGAAGCGGCUGUUCCUCAUCGACCGAGUCGUGGAUUAUGGUAAAAAGUACCAGAUUCACGUGCUACUGGCUUUUCAUCGUGCUCCGGGCUACUGCGUGACUGCUAGCAGUCCGUUUGAUUUCCCAGAAAAGGGGGAUCUUUUCAGCAACAGCGAGGACCAAGAGGAUUUUGUGACGUGGUGGCGAACGCUGGCCGAACGGUAUCGCCAUGUCCCGGCAGAUGCGCUCAGCUUCAAUCUUGUCAACGAACCGACCUGCGAUCGAUGCAAUCACGAAAUCAGCCCCGGUCGCCUCAUUCAUGUUGAAGGCCCUCUGCGAAUGGUCGAUGGCAAUCUGAAGCUCGUCCCGGCGCCAGCUAGCAUUGCUACUCUCCCGAACGUCGUUAACUCGGUGCAUUUCUACAGCCCAGUUGCGUUGACCCAUCACCGUUGCCCAUGGGUUCCGAUAGCCCAGGACGCCGAGCCGCUCUCUUGGCCGUAUCAUGGUAGCGGUAUUGGACCGGAUGGCGACAGGCUGUGGGACCGUGAUACCAUCCGAGAGCAACUGAAACCCUUUCUCGACUUGGCAGAGGCAGGACACGCUAUUCACGUGGGUGAGAUGGGAGCGUACUCAGCAUUGCCGCACGAUGUCUACAUCUCAUACUGCAAAGAUCUCAUGAACAUCCUCGCCCAAUAUCGAGUUGGCUACGCUAUGUGGAACUUUCGCGGUCCGUUCGGCAUAUUGGACAACAGGCGCACUGACACCGACUAUUUCGACUUUCAUGGCCAUAAGCUCGACCAGAAGCUGCUCGACGUAACAAAGCCAAAGACUGGGUGGUACAAGGUCACAAGCACCGAGAUGGUACACUGA